AUGGCGAACGACCUUGGCAUGGAAAAUGUAGCGCUCCUGGAACACUUGUUGCGGGUCAAUCGCGACCACCAGCCGUUGUUCAACAGCUUUAUACUCAAACGCGACCAACUGCGACGCUGCAACGCGGCCGUUUGGGCGUUUCGCGCCCUCGACAAACUUCGGGUGCUGUACGAGCUGAGCGACGUGAUGCAGGCCGACACGCCCGUGUCGGACCUGGCGUUGUACGCUUUGCUGGAGAAGCUAAACCUUCUGUUUUCGCGAGGUCCGCGUUGGGAAGAACCACAGGUGCUGGACGCCCGGGCAUUGACGGUGGCCCUGCUGAAACUGCUGAUUCGCAUUUGCAACGUGGUGGGCACCGACACGCUGGACUCCAAGGUGCGGCCCUCGUUGCAGCGAUCGGUCGCAACAGCGAUUCGAACCCAGUUCAUCGCCGAGUACAUCAGGGCCCUCUGGGACGUCCUGGACGAGUGA